AUGUUCUAUAUGCAUUUGUUUAUGAACAAGCGUGGACCAUUGGCCAAAAUAUGGCUCGCCGCUCACUGGGAGAAGAAGCUCACAAAAACUCACAUAUUUGAAUGCAAUUUGGAGACUACUAUUGAAAAGAUAAUUUCACCAAAGGUUAAAAUUGCUCUGCGCACCUCAGGACACUUGCUUUUCGGAGUGGUGCGAAUCUAUCAUAGGAAGGCAAAGUACCUCUUGGCAGACUGCAGUGAAGCUUUAGUGAAAAUGAAGAUGGCAUUUCGUCCAGGACUUGUUGAUCUUCCAGAAGAGAGCUUUGAAGCUGCUUAUAAUUCCAUUACAUUGCCUGAAGAAUUUCCUGAAUUUGACACACAGCUACCUGACUUGAAUGCCAUUGAUGUUGCUGAACACUUUACUUUGAAUCAGAGCAGACCUGAAGACAUCACACUUUCAGAAGAUCACAGAAUGACUGUGCUUCCCGGUGAUGGGAAUUUUGGUGAGGAAACUGAAAUACUAAGAGGACAUAGCUUCUUCAGUGAUGGCAUACUAAUGAGUACUAAUAGUCUCUUGCCUGAUCACAGCUCAGUGAGCACCACUGGAGACAAAUCUAUACUAUGUGACGACACACAUGGAUUCAAGCUCGAUGGUUUUGGAGACGAAGAUGUUCCUGGGGAUAUGAUUGAAAAUCUGCUGAGGACUGAGCAAAAUAGCCUAAUUUAUGACAUUCUUGAUAUGGAUGAAGAAGUUCCUUUGUCACAGGAGCUUCCUGAUGAUAAUGGAGUGGUGAAUUUCAGCUAUGUAGGUUCAAUGCAUCCAGAAGAAAGCCACCAGAUGAGUGAAACUACGCUGUUGACAAAUAAAAAAGAAGGAUUUACACUUGAGCCAGUUGAUGCUACAGUUGUCAUAGGGAGAAGGAGCUUUAAAAGAAAGAGGAAGUUGCUUGUUGAUGUAGUGAAGGAGCUCAGCAGCAGUACUAUUUACAAACAGCUUAGCAACUGCACGGAUAUUCUUACUAUGUUGGAUCUUGCACCCCCCACAAGAAAGUUGAUGAUGUGGAAGAAGUCAGGAGGAGUGGAUAAACUUCUGUCCCAUACUACACAGCCUUUGAUUAAUGCUGAGCUACAAAUGUUGUUUGCAAAUUGCUUUAAGUAUCAUGGCUUUAAGACUGGAAGAAAAGGUAUACAGACAGAGUCUGAAACUGAAGAAACAAGACAAGAGAAAGAGACUACAGAGAUGUUGAGAAUAGAAGAGUCAAGUUACCUGGGAGAGUCAGCUCAUACAGAAACUGAGAGAACUAUUACUGAUGAUUCAUUUGUGUUGGCAUUACAGAAUGGCAGAAAUGAAGAUGCUGAUAAAAUGAAUGAGGCUAUAGAGAUGGUGAGGAAUGAUCAAGACAGUGAAGAAAGAAGAUGGAGCAAAAGAACUCUUCAAAUAUUGAACACUUUACGGUACAUCAACAAAUCAGGAGUGAGUUCUGUCAGUUUUUUGGAGCUCUGUAAGAACAAUGACCGGAAACAAGUUUCAGCCAAGUUUUACAGCUUCCUUGUUCUAAAGAAACAGCUGGCUAUUGAGCUUACUCAGUGUGCUCCCUAUGCUGAUAUUAUAGCAACUGUGGGUCCAAGGUUCCAUACUAUCUGA